GUUUGGCAACGUUAGACAGGAGUUCGAAUCCGGACAGAAGAGGAUAACCAAAAUGGCGGAUCCUUUGAGUUUAUUGAGACAAUACAAUGUUAAUAAAAAGGAGAUAGUCGAGAGAUUAAAUCAAAUCAUAUUUGGCGAAUAUUCUUGGCCGAAAACAGUAAAAACGAAUUAUCUGGUUUGGGGUUCUGGGAAGGACGGAACUCCAAAAGAAUAUUAUACUUUAGAAUGUUUGUUAUUUUUGUUAAAAAAUGUUCAUCUCUCCCAUCCUGUAUAUGUACGCCAAGCAGCAGCAGAAAAUAUUCCCGUAGUAAGACGUCCUGACAGAAAGGACAUAUUGGCAUAUUUAAAUGGCGAAACUGCAACAUCUGCUAAUAUUGACAAAAGUGCACCCAUAGAAAUUCCAACACAAGUUAAACAUGUAAUAGAAGAACCACAACAUGAAAUUUCUAAGAAACCAAGAUUGGAAGAAGGACAAGUUCAAAGAGCUAAACAACAAUUGGCUGCUCGCUUAGAUGCCCCUAAAGAAGCAUCAGUUACAACUGAACAGAUCAGGUCACUAUCUGAAGCAAUGUCAGUAGAAAAAAUUGCAGCUAUAAAAGCAAAAAGAUUGGCAAAAAAACGUUUAACUAUUAAAGGAGAUGAUGAUAUUGGUCUUGGAAUAACUGAUUUUCAACGUAUAUUAGAAUAUGAUGUUGAUGUAACAAAAGACAUUCUCAGUAGAGAGAGACAAUGGAGGACAAGAACUACUAUUCUUCAAAGUACUGGAAAAAAUUUUGCCAAGAGCAUUUUUCCAUUACUACAAUCUAUUAAAGCAAGAGAAGAAGGUGGGAACAGAAAUCAACCUGAACCAGUUCAGACACCAAGGGCAACCCCUGCAAGAGCCAUUCCACAACCUGUAGGAUACAAUAGAUAUGGUCAAGAAAUAUUUUCAAGCAAAGAAGGUAACUUUAGCAUCUGAUAAUUUAAAGAAUUUUUUUUUACUAUAUUUCUUAUUAUAGGAAACUGAUUAAUAC